GUCAAGUGAUCGAGACGCAGCGCGAUGCCCGGUAGAACUUACUACUUCACCACCGAAGGCCUUAAGGAGGCAGAAGAGCGAAGAACCUCCUGCUCCAUGCCCCUCAUCUUUAUGAUGAUCCUCCUAGUUGUUGGUGUUAUCGCAAUGGCCAAGAACAGCACCUAUUAUGAGUGUUAUGAGCCGAUGAUCCAUCACCGGCCACCCGGCAACUCCUCUUUCAAUGCCUCAAGUGACUCUUCGGAUGAGGGGAGCCCUACCAAUGCCAGCUCAGUUUUUGUCAAUGUCAAUGGAAGUCUGGGUCUAUAUGAUAAGUAUCCUCGCCAAGAAUUUCUAGAUUUUGAUUAUGUAGAAGAAGAUCGCAUCAUGAUGGAAAGUGAGAAUAAUAACGUGAUUGAUACGACUGCCAACUCUUCUGGUUUAAACGUGGAUUCUGGAGAAAACGCCAACAAGAAUGGACUCCACCUUGUGGGUAUCAUUGGACCCCAUUUUGAUAAAAACGUAACAGAGAGUCAUGUCAUCCCUGAAAAUCAGAACGCUGCCACCUUUUUCGUAGAAGAUGAAACUGACGAAGACUUUGAGAGUUUUUACUUUGAGGACACUUUCUAAAUGUCCUUUCGUGAAAUCUGCCUCUGCUAAAGUACCGUAUUCAACAUUUGCCAAGUGUAUUGCUUAGUAGUAUAGUAUGUAGCU